AUGGUAGCCAAAGGUGGUUCAUAUGGUAGAUCCAAAGAUUCCUAUGAAGAUGAAUCCAUUCUCUUAGAAAGAAAGAAAGGUCUCUUGGAGCUUGAAGGCCAUCUUCCAGCUAAUUUGACAGUGGACCAUGAAAUGUAUUUUGUAGAAUGUGUUGACUUUGCCAAAUCCUUCAUCCAACUGUAUAUCAAAGAGGAUGAUGAAUUAUUCAAAGUGCUCUUGCAUCUGCCUUGUGUACCUUGUUGUGCAGACAAUCUUUUCAAUCCUGUACUCUUGUUCCAUCUUUUCCAAUUAGAGGCAAGAUGCUCACUCUUGGACAUUUACUUGAGCUAUGACCAUCAGGUGCUUCUUGAUUACCUUAUUUCAAAAGAUACCGGAAUCAGUUGUGCAGAAUAUCUUUUAAGGUCUUUUCUCUUUCUACACCUUCUCUUAACUUACGAAAUCUAA